UGUUCCCAACAUCUUUAUUGACGGCGACCAAAGGUCACAUGUGCUUCCAGGGCAACGUGCUUUGCCAUAAAAAAAUGCUAAUAAAAUUCUUAGGUGAAUUAUUAAUCCAUCACUUUAUUACCUUAUUUCCAUGAUUAAUUCUGCAAUCGUUCACAGAUACCAAGUGCUGAGUUUCAGCCGUUAGCAUUUAAAACAAUCAACUGAAACUGAAGCUCUUGUUUUGAGUGUUUAGACUCAGGGCUUUGUUUUCAGUUAAUGGAUAGGAAAAGGCAAACUGCUUAGAAGAGGAAACCCACUGUUUGAACUGGAAGGAACCAGUACAAGAGGUUAUAAAUCUAAAAAAAAAAAAAAAAAACUGGCUCAAAGUCCAGUCCAGCCCCUUUAAAUAGAAACACAUUACCGUAUUUUUCAGCGUAGUGCCCCACCGGUGUGUGUGUGUGUAUUGUUUCCAUUGCUCAUCACCUCCAACUACACCCCUCCUCGCUCAGCAGCUACUCACCUUUAACAUCACAGACCGUACAUGACCAUUGUGAUUUUUAUUUCAUACUUCUGACCUAAAGUUGACUUAUCCCUCCAUGUGUGCGACCUCAGGACAAAGUACACUGGUGUCCCAGCUCACAUCGUGUACUAGUGUCAUUAUGGUAAUGUUGAGGAUGGACUGAGUUACUUUUCGUGAAAGUUCUGUAUCUCAACCAUCAGCAAGCCAUUCCUCAGCACAGAGUGAGUACAGAUGUCUCUCUUUUGCACACAUAGUUCCUCUGACCUUAUCAUGGUACUACUAUGUAGUGUAUAUAGUUCAUAUUUUAAUAUUGCAUCUUUAGUUAUUACUUGUUUUGUAAGGGAGAGGUGGCUUUUAUCUUGUAUGUUUACUUCCAUAGGAACAAAGCAGCAGCUGUUCUGAAACAUGUGGCUGUGGGCUUUGCUCCCCGUCAGCAUGGCUGUCUUCGGUUCCUUGGGCAUGUGGACUGUGUUUGCUAUAGCUGUAACAAAUGGAUCAGUCAACCUCACAGAAGGAGUCCCUUACAUCAGCCAGUGUGGCACGUACAACCCUCAGAGCUGUCUCUUCUCCCAGAUCUGCAACAUCUGCUCUGUUUUAGCCUUGUGGAUUGUGGUGAUCCGUUUCGAGCAGGUUAGGGACUAUGGUAACCACGGAAAAGCCAACACUGCCAGCAUUGUUUUAGGAUUCAUCUCCUCCCUGGGGAUCUCUGUCACUGGCAACUUCCAGCAAUCAGUUUUAAUGGGAAUUCACCUUUUGGGAGCAUUCCUUGCUUUCUUCCUUGGCCUGGCCUACUUCUGGGUACAGCUCUUUCUAACUUAUCGGGCUCAGCCGUCUCAGGACCGAUGCUGGGUGGGACCUGCCAGGGCGACCUGCUGCAUCCUCUGUACCAUCCUGGUCAUUGUUAUGUCCGUUCUCCAUAAUAGAGGCUAUCCCUCUGGAGCUGCUGUGUGCGAAUGGGCCUUGGUCAUGUUGUUCUUCUGCCUGUUUGGGCUUUUUACAGCUGAGUUCAGACACAUCGACUGCCACCACCUCACUGUCCAGAAACAAGUUUUGAGGAAUGACUGCAGCCCUGCCUCAGUAGAAAUGAAUGGUUAUGUUGCCAAUGCACUCAGCUGAAAACACACACACACACACAGUCCUCUUGGGCUGUACCUACAAUUGCCAUAUUGUCUUUAAAGUAGGUAUAAUGCCUGUGCACUAAAUUCAUGAUGUACAUAUUCAAUCAAACUGUACAGUAGUACAGCGCUGCUGCUUCAGUGUAUUUCAGUCACUCAGUGGGGAGUUGAUAUUGCUAUUUAUUAUAUUUUUAUAUUUGCCGUUUUGAAAGAUUCAAUAUCAGAUCUGUUUGAUAGCAUUUAAAUCUCUUUAUAAAAGCUGUAUUUAACCUUCUGAACAUUUUGUUUCUUUUACUUUGUCUCAAGUGUCAAUAACAUU